AUGUCCAUCCACAGUCAACAGACUUGGACUCAGAAGGAGCCUCAUACGAGGCCAUCAUUGGAGGCCAAAGUCACGGCAUUCGGGAAUGAUCUAGCGAUGUUUGCCGAUUCAAACAUCCCCUUUGAACAUAGCUCGGAAAUCCCCGCUGGGACGACUUCAUACGUAGGCUCGUCUUCUACCUACUCUGCCCAGACGAAGACUCUUUUCCGAGAGACUUUCAUCGGUAGCAGAGAUUUUCCAAAUCAACCUGAAAGAGAUUAUGAUCGUCCCGCCGAAGCCGCCCAGGACAUGGAAAAGGCGAUCACGCACAGUCUCACCAAGGAUUCCAACGCUGGAUGGGUGGCCUCUUGCUUUACGAUGGAUAAACCUGAGGAGGGGCUGAAGGCGAUCGAGAUGGCUCUGUACUCCAAGUAUAUGGAAGAGGAUAGAGAGAAGUACGAGGGUGUGCAAUUUUUGCAGUUAGAGCCGGGUCAAAUGCGGGCCGCGAUAAGAACGAUGGAGGAGCCUUGA